UUUGUAUAGGAUUAGUACUACAGGAUCAAUAACAGGAUCAUCGCAAGUCUCAUCUCACAUAUCCAAGAAAUCAGCCAUGGAAGCGACCAGAGAGGCGGCGCCAAUGGCGGCUUCAGCUUCAUCUUCUUCUCCACUUCACAUCGUGAUGUUCCCAUGGCUGGCAUUCGGCCACAUGAUCCCCUUCCUCGAGCUCGCCAAGCGGCUGGCGAGGCGCGGCCUCGCCGUCACCUUCGUCUCCACGCCGAGGAACGCCGCGAGGCUGGGCGCGAUCCCGCCGGCGCUGUCCGCCCACCUCCGCGUCGUGCCGCUCGACCUCCCGGCCGUCGACGGCCUGCCGGAGGGCGCCGAGUCGACGGCCGACGCCCCGCCGGAGAAGGUCGGGCUCCUCAAGAAGGCGUUCGAUGGCUUGGCGGCACCCUUCGCCGGAUUUGUUGCCGAGGCCUGCGCCGCCGGCCAUGGAGAAUCCACCCCCACCGCCGCCGGGUUCUCGAGGAAGCCUGACUGGAUCAUACUCGACUUCGCGCAAAACUGGGUAUGGCCGAUCGCCGAGGAGCACAAGAUCCCAUGUGCCAUGUUCUCCAUCUUCCCGGCGGCCAUGGUGGCCUUCGUCGGCCCGAGACAAGAGAACCUGGCUCACCCACGCACCAAGACGGAGCACUUCAUGGUCCAGCCGCCAUGGAUCCCCUUCCCCUCCAACGUCGCCUACCGGCGGCGCCACGGCGCGGAAUGGAUCGCCGCCGUCUUCCGACCCAACGCCUCCGGCGUGUCCGACGCCGACCGAUUCUGGGAGAUGGAGCACGCCUGCUGCCGCCUCAUCAUCCACCGUAGCUGCCCCGAGGCCGAGCCUCGGCUGUUCCCGCUCCUCACCGAGCUCUUCGCCAAGCCGUCCGUCCCCGCCGGCCUCCUCAUGCCUCCUCCUCCUCCUGCUGCCGGCGUCGACGACGAUGACGACGAUGUUAGCAUGGACGACCAGCACAUCGCCAUGGCGAUGCGGUGGCUCGACGAGCAGCCGGAGAGAUCCGUCAUCUACGUCGCGCUCGGGAGCGAGGCGCCACUGACGGUAGGCCACGUGCGCGAGCUCGCGCUCGGGCUGGAGCUCGCCGGAGUCCGUUUCCUCUGGGCGCUCCGCGCGCCGCCGUCGGCGUCGAGCGUAAACCGUGACAAAUGCGCCGCCGACGCCGACCUCCUCCUCCCGGACGGGUUCCGGUCGCGCGUCGCGGCGGCGCGUGGUGGCCUGGUGUGCGCGCGAUGGGUGCCGCAGCUGCGCAUCCUGGCGCACCGGGCGACGGGCGGGUUCUUGACGCACUGUGGGUGGAGCUCCAUCUUCGAGAGCCUGCGGUUCGCGCUCCCGCUGGUGAUGCUGCCGCUCUUCGCCGACCAGGGACUAGGCGUGCAGGCGUUGCCGGCGAGGGAGAUCGGCGUGGAGGUGGCGUGCAACGACGACGGAUCGUUCCGUAGGGACGCCAUUGCGGCGGCGGUGCGGCAGGUGAUGGUGGAGGAGAAGGGGAAGGCAUUGUCGCGCAAGGCCGAGGAGCUGCGCGAUGUUCUUGGAGACGAGGGUCGGCAGGAGAUGUACCUCGAUGAGCUUGUUGGCUACUUGCAGCGUUACAAAUAACUAUUGCUCAUCAUGCUCGAUCUCAAGUCUUUCACUCUAUCCUGAAUUUCUAUGUUCUUGUGCCUAAAGACGAGAAAGGCUUUGGAGAUUAAAACAGUUUCCCCUCUUUCUUUUA